AUGCUGCGGCAGUUCAUGAUGAAUCAUUUACUUGAGUCUGGUCACUGCUUAAUCCUGCUGGCGCUGGGUCUGGACCAGUUUACUCUUGGAGAUGUGGAGAGGAAGAUGGGUGCAUUCGGUCGGACCAUUGGCUCCGCUGCAUGGGCGGUUUUAAGCAGGGAUCGCCAACUUGAUUUGCUGCUUACUGUCUACUUGCUCUGCAACAAAGCGGGACGAUCCAUGAUUAUCGGGGUUGUUUUUGAGGUUGAUUGCGCUGCGGAGGAGGUGUACAACAAGACAACAAACAACUUUUCAACCCUCAACAACUCGCGUCAGGGUUUGACAACGAAGCUUUUCAGCCUUACCGACUUUGUGGGACGCUUUGUGGGCCUCAGGCCUCAGGCUACCCGAUUCGCCUCAUCUUAA